UUUUGUAUAGUUGCCCUUUAGUGUUCGACGUUAAUUUUUCCUUUUUCAGUUGUAUUAUGAGCAGCUUCACAAGUGUGAUAGUUGAUUGUGACUCAACAAAUUGGGGUAUGUUGAUCUCAAAAUAUCCAGAAACAAAUGUUCUAGAAGAUAUUUUCUCUGCUGUAAUAGCUUUAUGUAAUACUCACCUAUUCUUAUCAACAAAUAACAAACUACUUGUAUUAGCCGGUGGGGCAAAAUUGGCAAACAAAAAAUUUCAGGAAGUUGAAACGAAUAAAACAGCUUUGGAUUUUGCAAAAUCACUUGAGAUUUUUCUAAGAAAAAAAUUGGAAGAAAAUGUGAAUUAUGAGGAGCCGGUUUCUUCUCAGUAUUCUGGAGCUAUUUCGCUUAGCAUUUGUGCUUUCAAUAAAUAUUCUAAACAAUAUCCCAACUCUUCUGGUUCAAUUAUAAUAGUUAAUUUGGCCCAAAAUCUUUCAAAUGAACACAGCACUUUAAUGAAUUUAUUUUUUGCUGCAAAACAUUCUUCUCUUGUUGUAAAUUCUGUUUCUUUGAAUGGAAAUGUUCCAAUUCUUCAACAAGCUAGUGAUAUAACUGGUGGAACUAAUAUGGUUUUAGACAAUAUUAAAUUACUUGCACAGACUAUUUUGAGUGAAUGCCUAAUUGCUUCCAAAACUUCUCUAUUUACCCACCCACAACAAGACAUUGAUUACAGAGCUGUUUGUCACUGUCAUAAUAAACUUUUGAGUAUUGGAUGGGUGUGCUCUGUUUGUUUGUCUGUUACCUGUAAUUAUGUUCCUUUCUGCAAAAUUUGCAAUGCUGUAUUUCCUCGACCCUUAUUUCUCCAACAAAAACGACCUCCAACAAAAAAUGUUCAACAACAAAAAAGAAACGAAAAUUGA